AUGCAGAACCCUCUCUCCAGUGGUGUUCUUCUUAUUUAUUUAUCUUCAUUCCUCUCUAUUUAUUCGUUUAUUUUCUUCUCAUAUUUUAUUUACCCUAUCUUGACAUCACUUACGACCACAUACCUUCUUAACAAUUUAGUCAUGGAAUGGCUCACAAAAUACACUGCGAAGCAGCAACGUCACAGUUUGGAAGAUAACAGUUCUGGUGUGCGUUUACCCAGAUGA